AUGCUGCGCGCUACGCUCGCGUUACCUCUCCUUCUACUCGGAUUGGUCACAUCUGCCGUCCACCUGCCGUUACCGUCCGGAGCACGGAAAGACGCUACGGUGCUCAUUCUUGGGGGAGGCGUCGCCGGGGUGACCGCGGCACGGACCCUCCAUGAACAGGGCAUCGACGACUUCAUCAUAAUAGAAGCGAGAGACGAGCUCGGCGGUCGCCUCAUGAGCCAUUCAUUUGGUGCACCUAGCAGGAAGUUCGCUGUCGAGCUCGGUGCGAAUUGGGUGCAGGGUACGCAGACCGGCAAUGGGGCUGAAAAUCCCAUAUGGGCUCUGGCGAAGAAGCACAACGUCACGACCCGCUCGAGCGAGUACUUCGGUAGUAUUUCGACAUAUGACGACUCGGGAGCGUCCGACUUCCGCGAUAUCUUCGACGCUUCGAUUGAAGAUUUCCAUAAACUAGUUGCCUCAGCGGUAUGUGCCGUCAUAGGUGGUCGAGUUCCAAAGAGACUUGUCGAUAUGUCAGCACGCGGCGGUUACUCACUCACGGGCUCACACCCGGAAUCCAAACAUCAAAUGGCGUCCGAAUACUACCAAUUCGACUGGGAGUUCGGUACCACUCCAGAAGAGACCUCAUGGCUAGCUUCUUCAUGGGCACAUAACUACACGUUCGACCCGGCGUCUGGUGGGUUCUCGUAUGAGAACCUUCUCUCAGUUGACCAGCGUGGCUUCAAGACGCUGAUUCAGGCGGAGGCGAGGGAAUCAUUGAAUCCAGCCCAAGUUCGACUGAACUCGACAGUCAGCGAGAUCAACUCCUCGAAACACGGUGUGAAGGUUACGCUCACAGAUGGGCAUGUACUCCGCGCGGACUACGCCCUCUGUACCUUCAGCCUUGGUGUCCUACAACACAGCGACGUGAAGUUCGUCCCUCCUUUACCGGCAUGGAAGCGGGAGGCCAUCCAUAGCAUGUCGAUGGGUACGUAUACGAAGAUCUUCCUGCAGUUCCCAGAAAAGUUCUGGUUCGAUACGGAGGGCGACUUCUCCAAGCGCAUCGAGUCACUGCCCGAUUCGUACGUUCAAUCGGAAGUGAUGGACGUCCUGCAAAUGAUGUUUCCCGAGGUGGAUGUGCCCGAGCCUACCGACUUCUACUUCCAACGCUGGCACAGCGACCCGCUGUUCCGCGGAUCGUACUCGAAUUGGCCGGCGGCUUUCCUCAGCGAACAUCAAGGCAACUUGCGCGCGAACGUGGACGAGAGACUUUGGUUCGCGGGCGAGGCAACCAGUCGGAAAUACUUUGGGUACCUGCACGGUGCUUACACGGAAGGUGAAGCCAUAGGGCAAACGUUGGCGGAGUGCAUCCAGGGAGGCGGAUGCUUCGGGCUCGAGCACAUCGACCGCGUGCAGAAUGCGAGGCCGUAUGACAUUAUCUAGGAAGUUUCGCGACUGAGUGAGGCUGAUGAUACCCGAAUAUCCUCAUGCAUGUAUGUUAGUUCUGUAUGCCCCCUCUGUCGUAGUAGUACCGGGCCAUGGUCAUUGGAAGUAUGUAGGUAGUCAUUUACACCAUCAUCGAUUCGUGGGCCACCGUGUGUACUCAGCAAUGUCGGAUCCAGAUGCAACUCAUUUGCGUCAGCCUUCGAUGUGUGGGACAGUUGAGAAAGUGCAUGUAUGGUACUGCACAGCUGCUGACACGGGGGUCUGCAGUCGACGGCGUGUACAUGAACGAUGACCGGUGAGCGCUAGCUCACAUCAUGAGCCUGGCGUUCAACAAGCUUGUUCCCUUCAGAUCUGGAGAUUUCGACUCCUCGGGUGAACACCGACGAGAAUUCUGGCGAAUGA